AUGGCGCCCGAUCAAUUCGUUCUCUUCCUUUCUCUGCUCUUUCUGCCCGCGACGUCCACUUCCGAUGAUUUCCCACAGCCGCGCUUUGUGUGCACCCCCAUCCCGCUGGACGCAGACCCUGCCUGCUUCCCCACGGCGGUUCCGGGCGUAGGGGGAACGGGGCACCACCAAAGCGCACCUCCCCCAGGCUGGUGGGGCGCGAGCGACGAGGCCAAAACUACCAUCCUGCACCUUCGGGAGAGCUUGGUGCGGCAGAAAGAAACCAUCCUGGACCAGAGGGAGACCAUCAGGGAGCUGACCGCCAAACUCGCCCUGUGCGAGGGCUUCGCCGGGUCACCUCACAACGACCACCCUGGCGCACACAUAGAACACGACGACCGGCACGGGAACAUCAUACCAGAUUCACCACACUCUGACGCCGUUAAACAACAGGAGAAGGAUGUAAAACACGCGAGUUCAGUGCACGCGACGUCCUCACCAGAGCAGAUGGAGAGGAUGCUUCAGGCACUUAAGGACAGAUUGGAAAACUUGCAGCAGAAGAGAAACUCAUCCCUGACCCACUCCAGUUCUCUGAGGGAACUUCUACAGAGGAAGAUCGACACUCUGGAGGAACAGUUGCAUCCACACGACCACUACCACCACCUCAACGACCACACGGACGACGGCGCCGACGGCAACCGCACGGGACAUGUCGACGAGCGCGACGAUAACGGCCAUCAUGGCGGGCCGGAUAACAACGAAGCAGACGGUCACGCUUACCUACCGCGUAAGGGUUACCACGGCAACAAACUGGAAAGUGUGCUCAACCAGCUUCACCUGACAGGUUCUAGCGGGAAAACCCAGCAUGACGCCUUCCAGCUCAGCUUCCCUAUUCGGAGCAACUACAUGUACGCGCGUGUCAAGAGGACACUGCCUCAGGAGAUUUUCGCACUGACUUUGUGUCUGUGGCUCAAGGCCGGCGCAGGGCACGCCAUGGGGACGCCCUUUUCCUACUCGGCGCCAGGCCAGGCUAACGAGAUGGUGCUGAUCGAGUGGGGCGGGAAUCCCGUAGAGCUGCUUAUUGACGACAAGGCUGUGUCUCUGCCUUUGAUGCUGAGUGACGAAAAAUGGAACCACGUGUGUGUGACAUGGUCCACACGGGACGGACACUGGGAGGCCUACCAGGACGGUGACCUGCGGGGGUCCGGCAGGAAUCUCGCAUCCUGGCAUCCCAUCAGAGCGGGAGGAGUGUUCAUCCUAGGACAGGAACAGGAUACUUUGGGAGGCCGCUUUGAUGCCACGCAGUCCUUUGUGGGCGAGCUAGCCGACGUACAAAUGUGGUCGUCAGUCCUCAACGCAGCUGACAUCCAAAGUCUGGCGACGUGCAGCAGUCGCUUGAACGGUGACGUCAUCUCGUGGUCCGAGUCGGACGUGGAGCUUCACGGGGGCGUGGUUAAACGUGCCCAAGAACCCUGUCACUAA